AUGGUGGCUGGAAAGCCUUUUGACGUAACAUUUGAUGUUCCGCCAAUGGCUGCUUUUCGCCCUUCCACCAUGACGGCCACGUCUAUGGACGGCCGAUGCCGUUCCUUUGACGAUGACGAUCCAAGCGUCUUUGAUGACAAUGAUUCACCGUACAGUGAGCUUGAGCUUCUAGCCGAUCCAGACUUUCUGUGUGAUGAUGAAGAAACAACUUUCGAAGCUGAUCCAGACUACGCGUUCGACCCCGACAAUGAGCCACCUUUGGAGAUUGACUAUGAUUUCUACUACGAUGAUGAUGAGCCUACUAUUGAGACGGGCUACGAUCUCUAUGGUGAAGAAGAACCGUUGGAUGCCAAUUCCAUUACUCAAGAUGAUGCCAAAUCCACGACGGAGUCCACGGAGAAACAUGACAAUGAAGACGGCGCUACUCCUGCAACGACGCUCGCUCAUCACUGUCAAAACCAAGCUUGUCCUCACGGCCGACGCUUACGAGAACGACAAUCAUUACGAUUGUGGAAAGCUGACAACCGUCGCCAAGGAGCCGCCUUUAUUGUUGGAGGACAAAUCCACGCUGGAAACCAAUGUUGA